CACGUUUGCCAUCACACCUUUGCCCUCAGCCAACUCGGCCUCGGCCCUCCUUCGUCACUCGCGCCAACAAGAAUGAAACUGGGCAUUGUCAAAUCAACUCGAUGACACGCAAGAAGAAAGACAUGUCAAACGAAAAGCCUGCAGCUGCGGUUGCAUUUCUCGACGCGUUGGGCCAGCUACAAGCAGAGGCUGCGAUUGCGGAGAAGAAACUGGCAGAUUGGGCACAACUGGACGAACGUAUUCAAGAAAACUUGGCGAACUCGUCGAAUGUGGUGGCACUAGACGUGGGCGGAACCGUCUUCAAAACGUCCAAGGACACGUUGUUGCGUGUGGAAGGCAGCUAUUUUCACGCAUUGCUCGGGUCUGGUCACUGGAAGCCAGACAGCCCCGGCGAAGCGUACUUCUUGGAUUUGGACCCGAACGUGUUUCAUCGGGUCCUCGUGUUCCUGCGCACGGGAAAAGUGUCGAUGGAAGGCAUGACGACAGUCGACCGGGGCGAGUUCAAGUCGAUGAUGGAGUACCUAAAACUGAACGAAGCAUUAAAGGUCGCAGAAAUGCGAUGGGACCCCACACUGCGCGCACCCGAAAUGGCCUUGACAAAUGAUGCACGAUCCAUUGAACGGUCCGCGACAAAUGCCAACCAAUGGAAGGCUGCCAUCGUCGGCGCGGCACUGGAGGGAUGCGUUCGGAUCCGAGUGGAUGACCCCAAGCAAACGUUUUACGUCGGAGUUGGGCCCAAGGUGGGGUUUGACGGCCAUACGUCCAACUCGUUGAAUGCUUGCUACUACUUCACUUCGAACACGGGACAAAUUGCGAGAAAAGGUUCGGCAGUCGCGACCCUGGCAGCGAUACGAGCGGGUGACGUGGUGACCAUUCGUCGUGGCCCGUCGCAACUUGAAUUUGCACUCAACGAUGGGCGAUCGUGUCAGGUUGACUUGGUCGAUGUAGCCGAAGAAUUAUUUCCCGUGGUAUUCAUGGCGUACGCCGGCACGAAAGUCACGAUCGUCGACGAACUGUAAUGUUCACAAAGAAAUGUUUUGGCAGUCGUCCUGUUUUCGAGCAUCCUUUGCACGCCGAUGAGCUCAUGUUUCCUCGUCA